AUGGUCCACCUACUAGUCUUGUUACUUUCUGUGGUUUCCGGUGCCCUCUGUCAAAAGGCACCGCAAGUCCAAACCAGAAAUGGCUCUUACACUGGCAUUCAUCUGCCUUUACUCAAUCAAGACUAUUUCCUCGGCAUGCCGUUCGCGCAGCCUCCUGUUCAGGGUCACCUUCGUUUCUCGCCACCAGCUUCAUUGAAUACCUCCUGGACUGGAUCGAGAGAUGCAACUCAAUUCGGCAAUAUUUGCUACGGCUACGGUGUCUCCGAGGACUGCCUGAGCAUCAAUGUCGUUCGCCCCUCCAACUACACAGACCAAUCACUACCGGUCGCCGUGUACAUCUAUGGAGGCGGCUACUUCCAAGGUGGCAGUGCUGAUCCCCGGCUGAACUUCUCGUCAAUCAUUCGCGACUCCGUCACAGCAGAGAAGCCCAUUAUUGGUGUCAGUUUUAACUAUCGCCUUUCUGCCUUUGGGUUCCUAGGAGGAUCAGAACUUGUCGCUGCUGGAGCCGCAAACCUUGGCUUUAGGGAUCAGAGAUUGGCACUUCACUGGAACAUUGCUGCUUUUGGGGGAGAUCCUACAAAAGUAACGAUAUUUGGUAACAGCGCGGGUGCAGGUUCUGUCGGUGCUCAACUUUUGGCAUACAACGGGCGCGAUGACGGACUGUUCAGAGGUGCAAUAUCUCAGUCAGGAGCUCCUGCGGGCUUCUCGCCAUUCUCGCCGUUCCUCGAUGUUGCAAAGUGGGACGAAGUCUAUGAGAAUAUUACAGCCGAUACAGGAUGUAAUACGACAGAUACGCUUGAUUGUCUAAGGAACGUCCCAAUCGAUGUUUUGAACGCCGUGAUCAACUCGACAGCCACUUCAGGGGCUUCUUACGGUCUAGAUAAGCGUAUUCGCAACAACUUUGACAAUGCCACGUUCUAUCCCACAUCCAAGAUCGACACGGAUGAGCAGUUCAGUGACUACAUUGUGUCGCUCAAGGCUAAUGAGACGGUGGCAAGUCGGCUGUUUGAAUUAUACCCUCAAAAUGCAGCCGACCAAGCUCUAGCCACGUAUUCCGGCGACCUCGGCGCUGAACUCGGUUAUCAGUACAAGAGGGCUGUCACACUCGCGGGCGACUCUAACAUCAUUGCACCGACUCGUUACACGGCUCAGAUGUGGGCGGCCUACAACGUGCCUCUCUACAAGUAUCGAUGGGACGUCAUCGUCAGCGGUUUACCUCGCUACAUUGGCGCAACCCAUGCGAAAGAGAUAUUCUUCGUCUUCAACGACCAGAGCAGAGACGACUACGACGUCUGGCCUUUGCUUGACAAGCCUCAAUCGUUCUCUGACCUGGCUUCAAUCAUGGCAACGGCAUGGGCUAACUUUGUUGCAACGGGUGACCCGAAUAGCAAUGGAACCGUAGUCAACGGGACAAACUGGCCAUUGUACAACGAGUCCAAAAAGAAUUUCGUCUUCACUGGAAACGUCUCUAGUCAUGUUGAGGACGACGAUACACGUGAGCAGGAAAUCAGUUUUCUGUCGGGUCUCUUCUGA